AUGACGCUGAGUGGGGCCGCUGUUCCGCAUCGGACUGAUACGGAGUCUGAUUCUACCUCUCAGUCUCCCCUUUUUUCCGCGAAUGACGAGGAUCGUCGGCUAGCCCAGGCCUUGGAUCAACAAUUGGUACUAGUCGCAGAUCACGUUUCCGUAGAGGAACAGGUAGUGGGCGAAGAAGCGGGCGAAAUCCAUUUACAAGAUAGCGAUUCGUCCCUGCCCUCCUCGUCUUUGCGAGACAAUGAUAAUGGCGGAGCUCCUACGGUGGGAAACGUCGAUCCCACCUGGCCAAAACUACCCUUGAUUGUGUGUGAUUUAGGCUACGGCAUUCCGAACGAAGCCCGCCCCCGGAAAGAGAAGAUCCUCGCUAUUGCUCGGCAAGUUGUCAACUUUCUGACCUGGCAACUGACGGAAACGAGAGGUUCGUCAGGUUAUGAUUAUGGUCGACAACGGCGUCCCGCAACGAUUAUUGUGGGCUGUCCGGACAUUUCCAUUCAAUCCGCAUUGCUGGAUCGAAUGCAGAUUCUCUGGACGCAAGAGCAAAGUAGAGAACCGUUUCCUUCGCAUCUUGGCUUUAGUAAUCGCCCUAUAACGGGACAAGCGGCUUUCUCGACGUCGGGUCCACGGCCACCGUCGGUACUCUACUUGUCGCCCGAUUCCGAACACGUACUAGACGCUAUUCAAGAUCCACCCGAUAUCAUCAUUGUUGGUUUGUUGAUUGAUCGUCGUGUUCAGCUGGAUCGUAGCAAAAAUCGUGCGGCAGCAUUGUCCCUACCGACUGCGCGGUGGCCUCUGGAAGAUGUGGUUGUCGAUAUGGAUCACCGGGAGCCUUUAAACUGCGAUUGCAUACUGGAAGGGACUCAGGCGUGGUUCUGGAAUGUAGAACACGCGCACAAACAACAACAAGCAACAUCAUGCCCAACCAAGCUUGACAAACAUCUGCUUCACGAUGCCAUCUUUCAAGCCAUCAGGCGUCAUGUGGCUCGACAUCCUGAGCGGCCACGACACAAGCCACAAAAUUCAUAG